GGAUAAUUCUUCACAGUCUGCACAGAAUACUGAACACAAGCAAAAUUGAAUGAAUAAAAGAAAUAAAAAUAACAAUAUAGUCUUUCUUCAGUCCAGUCGUGAAUAAUGAAGGUCAGUUAUAAUAAAACAGUUUGUCUGAUGGUGCUGUUUAUUGGGGCAGCUGCACUUUAUAUGUAUAGUGGGAGUUUUGAGCAAAAUGAAAUGAAAGCAUUUCUUGGAGAAAUUCAAUUACUAUUAAAGCAAAAUAAAGAACUGAUGAAUGAGCUGAAAAUUAGACAAGAACACUCUGCAAAAGAACAGAAUAAAGAAGUCAAGGAAGAUCCAAAUAUGCAGGCAAAGAAAAUUACUAAGAAACUUUUCCCCAAUUCACCACUGUUUAAGGAGUGGGGAGACGAGUUGUCUGAAGAAGAACAAACGGAGGCAGAAAACUUGUUUCAACAAUAUGGAUACAACGUUUUUCUAAGUGACAGGCUGCCUCUCAACAGGGACAUCCCAGACACAAGAGAUCCCAGAUGUGCAAACAAAAAAUAUCCAGAGGACCUUCCAACCUUGAGUGUGGUUCUUAUUUAUCUGAAUGAAGCACUCUCCAUCCUGAAGCGUGCCAUAAGGAGCAUCAUUGACAAGACCCCUCCACAUCUGUUGAAAGAGAUCAUUCUAGUAGAUGACUACAGCACAAAUGAGGAUUUGCAAGGAAAACUAGAAGACUACAUUAAGCUAAUAAAUAAGCAACGCCCAGGGCUGAUUAAACAGGUUAAACACGCAGAACAGAUGGGGCUGACCCAAGCACGAAUUUCUGGAUGGAAAGCAUCUACAGGAGAUGUUGUUGCUAUCUUGGAUGCCCAUAUAGAAGUUCAAGCAGAAUGGGCUCAGCCAGUUCUUGCCAGGAUUAAGGAAGAUCGCACCGUGAUUGUUUCACCAGUCUUUGAUAGGGUGAACUUUGACACCUUAAAAUUAGUCAAGUAUGCUACUGCAGCUCAUGCAUUCGACUGGGCAUUAUGGUGCAUGUAUGAGUCAUUUUUACCAGAGUGGUACAAAGAAACUGAUGAAUCCAUUCCAGGAAAGUCUCCCUCUAUUAUGGGUAUUCUUUUUGCAGACAGAUUAUUUUUUGGAGAAAUUGGUGCAUUAGAUGAUGGUAUGAAAAUCUAUGGUGGAGAAAAUGUCGAGUUGGGCAUUCGGGUCUGGCUUUGUGGAGGCAGUGUGGAGAUAGUGCCAUGCACUCGAAUUGCCCACAUUGAAAGAGCUCACAAACCGUACCUCCCAGACCUGAGUGUCACAAUGAAGAGAAAUGCUCUGAGGGUGGCUGAAGUUUGGAUGGAUGAAUAUAAAACAAAUGUACUUGUUGGCUGGAGUCUCCCAUUAAAGGAUCACGGUCUUGACAUUGGUGACAUUUCAGAAAGAAAGAAGCUCAGAGAAAAGCUGCAGUGCAAGCCUUUCAAGUGGUAUUUGGAUAAUGUAUAUCCUCAGCUUGAUUCCUGGGAAGAUCUUCUUGCAUAUGGAGCUCUCAAGAAUACUUUGGAAGAAGGACUUUGUGUUGACCAAGGAGCAGUUCCGGGAAGUGUACCCAUACUGUAUGGAUGUCAUUACUAUACCCCACAGAAUACAUACUAUCGUAGGAAUGGCGAGCUUUAUAUUGGAGGAAUAAAAUCACAUAAAUACAACAGUAACCGCUGUUUAGUAGAUAAUGGGAAUAGCAACACCCCAGCUUUACAUGACUGCAAAACAUCAAAGGAAAAGGGCUUUAACAUGCUCUGGGACUUCAAACAGGGACAAGAACUUAAAAACAGGGGAACAAAGAGAUGUCUGGAAAUUACAAAGCAUGACUACUACCAUUUAGUUAUUCAAGAAUGCACGGGACAGGCCUGGAAUAUGCAGCAUGUUAUCCAUGAGUUUUAGCAAGAGUUGGAUUAGUGGAAAUAAAAUAAAAGUGGUGUUCAUGGGUGUGUCUCAGGACAAAAGAAAUAACCAAGUUUUCCACACCUCUCAUCAGUGACUGUGUUAUUGAAAAUUACAUCUGCCUAGAAAAACAUCUAAACACAAAUCGAAUCAAGAGAGGUACUGCAAAUUUAGUGCCAUGUUUUAUUGUAGUUAUCACUGCAUUUUCAGGAUGAAUUGUAUAGUUAUUUAAUUGUACUUUUUCAUUUUUAAAAAAGAGAAGGUUAAUUGAAAAUUUGCCAAUGUCCACUGCCUACUGUGCGCAUUGGAAGGUGAGAUCUGAUGACUGCCACCCUUUUGUUUUAAUCCUUUUGGGUUAGAAAGGUGGAGAAGUAGGAGGAGAAAUACAUGAGUUAUGAGAGGUGAACUGGCAGAAGAUGAGCAAGGAUUCUCAGUAACACUUUAGUUUAGAUACUGCAAAAAUGCAUCUAUUUCUCAUUUACUUUUAUGUACCAAGACCUCAACAAAAGUUUCUUUUGGUCUUAACACUUAUAAAACAUCAGAUAGGUUAUUCAUCUCUGUGCAGAGUGGCAUAUUUACAUAAUCGUAAAAAUUCCAUGUUAAUUUAAAGGAUUCACAGGUCUUAUACUAAAUAUGUAAUAUCAAGAGAAAUGUGUCUCAGUUAAGCCACAUCAGACCACUCCCGUGUGAAAUUUUGUUAGUAGGUUGCAUUGCAGAAAUGAAUAAACACUUCACUGAUGUUUUGUAAGUGUUAUGAAGACCCAAAGAAGUGUUUAUUAUGUAGUAGUAAAUGAAUAAUAGAUGCAUUUUUGCAGUACCUAAACUAAAGUGUUACUGGAUUCUCAUUUAUAAUCUGUGAUGAAGCUCCUUAAAUCUACUCUUUAAAAAUACUGUAUAAGUUGUGCAUGCAGCAGAGUUUGAUUCUGAGGGAACCCAAGGGUCCUAUGGAAGAAAUGAGAUUCAGUCUCUGUUUAGCCCUUUAAGUCAUAAAGGGAUUUAUCAAUUUAUGUCUUCACAUGGAGAGUAGCAUGAUAGCAGGAGGCUGAGAAAUAUCAGAUGCUCCAUGGACACAAUCUCAGAAUUGACUUCCAUUCCAUCUGAACAAUACUUAUGCUGAGUGGGAAUUUUUAGACAGGCCCUUUGUUUGAUUGCUCUUUGUUCUACGGAAACAGAACAUUACAUAGACAGUCCAAACGAGGCCUGCCUUCUUCAUGAAAAGUUUUGUAGGGUCUAAUCUCUUUUGCAAAGCUGACUUAAUUUUGAGACACCUCAUAAAGAUUUAGUGAAAUAGAAUCAAAUCAAUAAAGCUGAAUGUGUGUCCAUUAUACAGUAUACAUCACACAGCUGAACUUAUCUCUGACACAUUUGCAAAGAUUGUCCAUUUGUCCAGGGGAGACCAUCAUAGCUUGUGUUUUGUUCCCAAAUUUAGUUAGGUGCCUUCAGUCUACCCAUUGGCAGGUAACCCCUGGUAGUAUCUCUAAUAAUAAUAAUAAUAAUUCAUUAAGUUUAUUUUGCGCUUUUCUCACUACUCAAAGCAGUUUACAUAAUGAAUUUAGAACCACUUCAACCACAACUAAUGUGCAGCAUCCACCUGGCUGAUGUGACAGCAGCCAUUAUUGCGCCAGUACUGUAGGUUCACCACACAUUAGCUACUAGCUGGUGAAGGGGUGAAAGUGAGUUAGCCAGUUAGAGACAGAGGAUGAUUAGGGAUCCAGGUUAACCAAGUCAUGGGUAGGCAUCCUACUCUUUAGGAAGGAUGCCCAGGGAUCUUUAAUGACCAAAGUGAGUCAGGACCUCAGCUUUAUGUGUCAUCCAAAGGAUGGCACCAUUUUUACAACGUAAUGUACCUGUCACUGCACUGGGGCAUUCAGACACACACAGAUCACACAUUCAGAUCCACAUUCAGACUACAGGGUAAGCACCCUCUGUUGCCCUUACCCGUCCUUCCAAUACAAUAUACUGGCUGGGUAAAGAUUGAUGUUUGGUCCUAGCCAAAAUGCCCACCCAUGCAGGCUGUCCAACACAUAGCAUAAGUUCUGAUGAAUAAAAACAAAACAUCUUCCUUCCCACUGACUGAAUUCUCACUUUUUUCUCAAAAUUGUUUAAAAAUUCCAGGGUUAAGCCUCAUUCCUCAUUGCCAGUUUGCUCUCAUUCUAUUUGCAUGUUAAGUUUGACAGGUUUUCAUGACUUUCUCAUCUUUUUAAUAUUUAAAGUUAAAUGUUGACUUUGCGCCACUCAGGGACAUUCAUUGUUUUCUUUACCUUUGUUUAGGGUUAUUGUCUGAUUACAAUGGGAAUCAUUUGACCAGUAAAGCCACCCACCCAUGAAAACGUAACCAUACUUUAUUCAUUUCAUUGUUUCCUUCAAGUAUCUAAGCACGUACAAUGCUAGAAGUAUCAUGCUCCAACUUAAGGGCGUUGCUACAUAUGUGAUAAGCAAUGCUACUUAUUCCAAGGCUUCAAUUUGAUUUUUCUUUAUUCUAUCAGACAAAAGUGUUUUUCAGUAUAGUGUCAUCUUACAAAGUUCCAGUUUUUUUCUCUCUCAGGGGCAAUAUUAUCCAUCCAUCCAUCCAUUUUCCAACCCGCUGAAUCCGAACACAGGGUCACGGGGGUCUGCUGGAGCCAAUCCCAGCUAACACAGGGCACAAGGCAGGAAACAAUCCCGGGCAGGGUGCCAACCCACUGCAGGACACACACAAACACACCCACACACCAAGCACACACUAAGGCCAAUUUAGAAUCGCCAAUCCACCUAACCUGCAUGUCUUUGGAAAGUGGGAGGAAACCGGAGCGCCCGGAGGAAACCCACGCAGACAUGGGGAGAACAUGCAAACUCCACGCAGGGAGGACCCAGGAAUCGAACCCAGGUCCCCAGAUCUCCCAACUGCGAGGCAGCAGCGCUACCCACUGCGCCACCGUGCCGCCCGGGGGCAAUAUUACUACAGAGUAAUUCAUUAUUCCUGAUCUGAACCAUUGAAAUUUAAAUUCUCAUUAAGGCAGCUUCUUUGAAAUGCUGUGAACAUGAUUCUUCUCAGGCAGUUUUCAAAUUUGCAAUGAUGGAGAAGAGGAGGUGGGUUGGAUGGAACAAGCAGGAAGAAUAAUUCUGGUGGGCACAGUGUGUUAACGAACUUCUGGAGAAUUAGGGUAACCUAUUGUGUAGUUAUAGACACAUACAGUAGGUAGUUAUGUAGGUUUAUUGUUUCUCAAGUGUUUUACUUUGGUCUAAUAAAUGUCUUUGUUUUAUAUAAUGUGGCUUCCUUGGCUUCAUUUGGGUUCAGGGUCUGCUCAAAGGCAUUCCCUCCAGUUCACAUAAUUUAUAAAUGUGUUAUACAGUUUUAAGAAAGUUCCAUGGUCUUCAUAGUACAGUGCACGUUUAUCAGCAGGACCUUACAUACAGAAUUCAUUGUGGGGAUAACACGAAGUUGGCACUGCAAAUUUCUGAGAAGACCUUCCUGCCACACUUCUGAAGACUCAAAAUUUGUGUUUUACCAGUGACAUCAACCCUGCCUCCUGCAGCAAAGCUAAAGUUCUAACAACCUGAAGGAAUGAGUUUGUUUCUAGGAGCAUGUGUUUAUUAGGGUUUUGGUUUCUGCUUUAUUUUUUUUUAUUUAUCAUUUUCACAUGGGGUUCUGUAAUCAACCAUUCAUGUUUGGAUUUUCUGAGGCUCCUGAUUAUGUUUAUGGAAAUUCCAAUCGCAUAAAAAGUUGUCUAAUUUACUGGCUGCUUUGUCUGCCAUUUUGUAUUUCAUAUUGUUGCCACCAUGUU